AUGACCGCCUUUUCCAGCGGCCUCACCGCCCUGACCAGAGAACCAGUCUCCAUCUCAUGUUGUGACCCGAACACAGGUGGUGUCCUAGGGCGCCCAGGACCCUGUGAGCACACAACAUUCAGGCCUCCCUCUCACAAUAACACAGUCGACCAAAGUAUUACAUGUGAACCCAACAGCGCAUUCCUCUCAUCACCUCCACCGUCUGAUCCACAAAGGCCUCCUCGGAGAGCUGGGAAACAAGUUGAAGUUAAGUAUCAGUCUUGGCGUCUGGGCCAAUUACCCUGGAUACUAACACCCUGGCCUCCUACACCCUGGCCUCCUACAUCCUUGCCUCCUACACCCUGGCCUCCUACAUCCUUGCCUCCUACACCCUUGCCUCCUACAUCCUUGCCUCCUACACCCUUGCCUCCUACAUCCUUGCCUCCUACACCCUUUCCUCCUACAUCCUUGCCUCCUACAUCCUUGCCUCCUACAUCCUUGCCUCCUACACCCUUGCCUCCUACAUCCUUGCCUCCUACACCCUUGCCUCCUACAUCCUGGCCUCCUACACCCUGGCCUCCUACACCCUGGCCUCCUACAUCCUUGCCUCCUACACCCUGGCCUCCUACAUCCUGGCCUCCUACACCCUUGCCUCCUACACCCUUGCCUCCUACACCCUUGCCUCCUACACCCUGGCCUCCUACACCCUGGCCUCCUACACCCUGGCCUCCUACAUCCUUGAAUCCCUACAUCCUUGCCUCCUACACCCUUGCCUCCUACAUCCUUGCCUCCUACACCCUGGCCUCCUACACCCUUGCCUCCUACACCCUUGCCUCCUACAUCCUUGCCUCCUACACCCUUGCCUCCUACAUCCUUGCCUCCUACACCCUUGCCUCCUACAUCCUUGCCUCCUACACCCUUGCCUCCUACAUCCUUGCCUCCUACACCCUUGCCUCCUACACCCUUGCCUCCUACAUCCUGGCCUCCUACAUCCUUGCCUCCUACACCCUGGCCUCCUACACCCUGGCCUCCUACACCAUUGCCUCCUACAUCCUUGCCUCCUACACCCUGGCCUCCUACACCCUGGCCUCCUACAUCCUUGCCUCCUAUACCCUUGCCUCCUACACCCUUGCCUCCUACAUCCUUGCCUCCUACACCCUUGCCUCCUACAUCCUUGCCUCCUACACCCUGGCCUCCUACACCCUUGCCUCCUACACCCUUGCCUCCUACAUCCUUGCCUCCUACACCCUUGCCUCCUACACCCUUGCCUCCUACAUCCUUGCCUCCUACACCCUGGCCUCCUACACCCUGGCCUCCUACAUCCUUGCCUCCUACACCCUUGCCUCCUACACCCUUGUCUCCUACAUCCUUGCCUCCUACAUCCUUGCCUCCUACACCCUGGCCUCCUAA